AUGCGUGUUGUAGUAUUACCUAUAUGUCAACUUGAAUCUUAUCCACAUGUUCUACUUAAAUAUAAUUUUCAAAUUAAUCCAUUAUCACCAACAUCACCGAAUAUUAAUCAAUCAAAUUUAUCAAAAAAUAUUCAUUCACAAGAAUUUUAUUUAACACCAUAUUGUUCAUCUAUACUUCCAUCAGGUUCAAUUCAAACUGUAUGUGAAAUAAUAAAAAGUUCAAAUGUUCUUCGACAUUUAUUUAACAUAACAACAGAAGAUGAAGAAAAUCUUGAAAAUAAGAUUGAUUUCAAAGAACAUUGUCGAUUUAUUGCUUUUGGUCCUGAAACUGAUAUUAGUAUAUGUGCUUUAUUUAUUCCACAUAUUUCAUCACUUGAAUUAAAUUAUAUAAAUCAACCAGAUCCACCAAUUUUUUCACGUCAAAAUUCUAAC